AUGGAGGCCGGCAAGAGAGCCGGGCAGCUGGGGGUGAGAGAGCAGGACAGGAGCCGUGAGCAGCAGGAAAAAGAGGGGGAGGGGCAGCAGCAUAUGCGGUUUAUAGGGCAGAUGUCAGUGCAAGGGCAGCAUGAUGCUGGGGCACUAGGACAGCAAUGUCAGCAGAAUGUGAAGGUACUGGGGCAACUAUUAGUGCAAGAAGAAAACCAGAGAGAGACAUUUAAACAGUUGUCAGGGGGGCAGGAUGUGGGGGUAUUAGAGCACUUGUCAGGGGUGCAGGAUGUGGGGGUAUUAGAGAAGCUGUCAGGGGUGCAGGAUGUGGGGUUAUUAGAGAAGCUGUCAGGGGUGCAGGAGGUGGGGGUAUUAGAGCACCUGUCAGGGGGGCAGGAUGUGGGGGUAUUAGAGCACCUGUCAGGGGGGCAGGAUGUGGGGGUAUUAGAGCACCUGUCAGGGGUGCAGGAUGUGGGGGUAUUAGAGAAGCUGUCAGGGGUGCAGGAUGUGGGGGUAUUAGAGAAGCUGUCAGAGGUGCAGGAUGUGGGGGUAUUAGAGAAGCUGUCAGAUGUGCAGGAUGUGGGGGUAUUAGAGCAGCUGUCAGGGGGGCAGGAUGUGGGGACAUUAAAGCAGCUGUCAGGGGUGCAGGAUGUGGGGGCAUUAGAGCAGCUGUCAGGGGUGCAGGAUGUGGGGGUAUUAGGAAAGCUGUCAGAUGUGCAGGAUGUGGGGGUAUUAGAGAAGCUGUCAGAGGUGCAGGAUGUGGGGGUAUUAGAGAAGCUGUCAGAAGUGCAGGAUGUGGGGGUAUUAGAGAAGCUGUCAGGGGUGCAGGAUGUGGAGGUAUUAGAGAAGCUGUCAGAGGUGCAGGAUGUGGGGGCAUUAGGGCAGCUGUCAGAGGUGCAGGAUGUGGGGGCAUUAGGGCAGCUGUCAGAUGUGCAGGAUGUGGGGGUAUUAGAGCAGCUGUCAGGGGUGCAGGAUGUGGGGGUAUUAGAGAAGCUGUCAGGGGUGCAGGAUGUGGGGGUAUUAGAGAAGCUGUCAGAGGUGCAGGAUGUGGGGGCAUUAGGGCAGCUGUCAGAUGUGCAGGAUGUGGGGGCAUUAGGGCAGCUGUCAGAUGUGCAGGAUGUGGGGGUAUUAGAGAAGCUGUCAGGGGUGCAGGAUGUGAGGGCAUUAGAGCAGCUGUCAGGGGUGCAGGAUGUGAGGGCAUUAGAGCAGCUGUCAGGAGUGCAGGAUGUGGGGGUAUUAGAGAAGCUGUCAGGGGUGCAGGAUGUGGGGGUAUUAGAGAAGCUGUCAGAGGUGCAGGAUGUGGGGGUAUUAGAGAAGCUGUCAGGGGUGCAGGAUGUGAGGGCAUUAAAGCAACAGAAAGAAUUUGAUGUGACUGGGGCCCAGAAGCCUCAGGAAAUGCCAGUAUUGACCCCUGCGAUGGUGGGAGCCCCCCACCUGGAGGAGGACCGAUCAGUGACUGACAGCCAUCAAUAUGCCACUCUGGUCAAUACUAACACCAGUGCAGAGGCCCAGGAGCUGGAGUUUUCCAUAGAAGAAAUGCUGAUCCGGCUGGAGGAGUUCUGCGCCAUGAUGGACAUGAUCAGAAGUGAAACGUCUCUCAUCCUAGAUGACCGGAUCCCCGCGAUUAAACUCCAAGUGAAGGAAAUGAACAAGAUCUACAGUCAGGUAGAGAAACUAGAGGCAUUUGUGAAGAUGGUCGGACAUCAUGUAUGUUACCUGGAGGAGGAGCUGAUCCGGGCAGAGAGGCAUCACUUGUCCUUUCCCCACGCUGUCAACAGGAUCCUUACAGGAGCUUAUCUCCCAGCGUUCUUACGGAAGAACUUCACACCACAGAGCACCUAUGAGUUACCAGCACUAUACAGGACAGAGGAUUACUUUCCUGCAAGUUGCAAAUAUCAAAAAGACAUUAACAGACUUUUAAUGGAUGCCUGAAAAGUGUAUCUGUUGCAGGAUUGUACCCCGGACAGUGAGUAAUAAGCAGAUGCCCUGCCUUGGCACUGCUCACUAUGAUAUAAUAGAUGGAACCAUGUACAGUAAUACGUAGAUGCUCAUCCUGCUAACAUCCUCCAGCGGUUCUCAACCAGGGGUACGGCAAAUCACUGACCAAUACCAGCCAUGCAUUAGCCAGAAUUUGUCAGCGUAGAGCGGAAAUUGGUCGCCACAGUAGCUCACUAUAUUGUACCAGGGCCGGAGCUGCAGCCGGCGGUCACUUUACGCGAGCUGAAUUGACAGUGGGGCCUGGCGUGUGACGUCCCUGAUGUUGUGUGGAAGUCCCUGCACAGCAGAGAAGGACAUCAACCUUCAGUACUGCCCUUCGACUCCCACUGAACAGGAUAGUUUAACAUGCUUACCAAGCCUGUGUCUAAGUGUAACACCACAGUAUGGGAGGGUAUUAUUGUAUAUAUCUCAUAUUGGCCCAGAAAGUUUAAAAAAAAAAUUGUAAGUUACUUCUAUAUAUAUAUAUAUAUAUAUAUAUAUAAAAAAAAAAAAAUUAAUCCUUCCAGUACUUACUAGCUGCUGAAUACUACAGAGGAAAUUAUUUUUGGAACACAGAGCUCUCUGCUGACAUCUGUCCAUUUUAAGAACUGAGUAGGAGAAAAUCCCCAUAGAAAACAUAUGCUUCUCUGGACAGUUCCUAAAAUGGACAGAGAUGUCAGCAGAGAGCACUGUGUUCCAAAAAGAAAAUAAUUUCCUCUGUAGUAUUCAGCAGCUAAUAAGUACUAGAAGGAUUAAGUUUUAAUAAAAGUCAUUUGCAAAUCUGUUUUAACUUUCUGGCACCAGUUGAUUUAAAAAAAAUAAAAAUAGUUUUCCACCGGAGUACCCCUUUUAAGUAUCGCAUUAGAAAGGUAAGCACAAGAGUUAUUUUGUUCGAAGUUAACCCUGGCGCGAGGGAUACCUGCAGACAUACUUUCACCCUUUGGGGGGGUACAGUCUGGAAAAAGGUUGAGAACCACUGCUGUGCUCAAUGUUCAUAUAUUUGCAUUGCUUGUAAAGAGUUCACUAAAUUUAUACAAAUAAAAUCUAAAAUGUAAAAAAAAAAUUGUUGUACAGUACAGAUUUUGCAUACUUCUCUGCUCAGAUCUAAAGCUGCAUUUAGAGUUUUGCUGGUAUUCAAUUAUUGUGGUAUUUAAUCACUCUGCAAGAUUUCAUGACAAUUUUUUGGAAAUACAAUUUCCACUCUGUUCACUGAGCCUAACAGCAGCUAAUACACCCUUUUCUGUAGAGAUAUCCUUACAGGCAGGAUUACAAUGAGAGGUGACACCUACAUGUAGAUUUACAACAACAACAACAACAACGUCACAGUAAGUGAUGGUCACAGUUCACCUCCUCUUUCCAUAAUGACCAUUUCACAAGUUACAGAUCAUAAACACCAUUUUCUCAUAGAAGUCAGCCCCAAACUCCUAUGGCCAAUGUGGCUUCUAUUUCUAUAUGCUGUUAACAGCAGCUCAGGCAGGAUAGCCACCUUCAUAAUCAUAUACAUAUAAUGGAACAAGAACUUUUUUUUUUUAUGGUUUUUGGCUGUAAUUUUAAAACCACAUACUAAAUAUUUUUGUUCUCGUUAAAUUUGUUGAUUUUUUUUUCUGUAUGUGAUAUUGGGGGAGGGGCAUCUAGCCUAGGGCUGGGUGGUAUACCGGUUCAUACCGAAUACCGAAAUUUUUGGGCUGCACGAUAUAAAUUUUUCCCAUACCGCAAUACCGGUUGGGCCCCUCCCCCUCGGGAAUGUAUUAUCAGCCCAGCGCUGCGCUGUCCCCACAUCGGGGAACUAAUCAUAUGUGACCCGCGAGCGCUGUUCUGCUCCCCCCCCAAUUAAUUAUCAGCCCAGCGGGGUUCUACUCACAUAUGUCAAGUACUGCCCUGCUCCUCUUUGUUGGGGGCCACUGGCGCUGGAACUCACUGUACGCCAGUGGUCUCCAACCUGCGGACCUCCAGCUGUUGCAAAACUACAACUCCCAGCAUGCCUGGUAGUUGUAGUUUUGCAACAGCUGAAGGUCCGCAGG